AUGUCGACGCCUUUACCAGAAUCCGUGGUACAAUGGCUUUUCAAAGUUAUUCAGCCCAUAUACAAGCAGCCGAAGCUGGUGUUUCAUGAUGCUGUACAAACGUUGACAGAAUUCAAGAAUUUGCGGCCAAGGACAAGGGUUUUCACGGAUGAGGAUGGCUCUCCGCGGUUGCUGCUUUGCCUAUACGGUGGCAUACCUAUUGAGCAAGGUCUUGACGUGCCUGUGCUUAUCUGGAUCCCAGAGUCAUAUCCCAUAGCGAAACCUUUAUUGUUUAUAGAUUUAGAGCUGCUGGAUAAAGAUCUACAGUUAGCCACUAACGAAUCUGUGGAACCCGAUGGCAGAGUACACACCCGCUUGCUUCGACAGUGGAACCCACAGAGCGCCAAUCUUUUCAAUGUGAUACAGGAUUUAGCAGAUAUGUGCAAUGCAAUCGCACCCAUACAACCAGUAACUUUCUCGAGUACUGUUGCGCCAGGAACAACUGACGCUGAGAAGUCUCCACCCGUACCACCUAAGCCAGCAUUACCUCCAAAGACUACUGACAACGCAAUCAAGUUUGCUGGCCAAACUUCUAGUAUACCGGGACCAAAUGGCAUUCCAAAGAUACCAGAAAGAAUGCCAUUACAGAACCCGACACAAGAGACAGAUACAACAAUUAGACCAUCAAAGGCUUCCAUCAAUCCAACGGGAAAUGGUACCAUGGGGCCGCCACCGUUGCCCGAGAAACCCCAACAGAGCAAUGCAUUGCACGACCAAUUACGCCAAUUGAAUUUACAAGAACCACCACAUCAUGACGACCAUGCAAAUCCUGUGCAAAAUACACAGCGAACAUUUGUGAAUGCGGUCCCUAACGAGGUGCCAAUGGUGGAUUUACUGGAUUCAAUGGAUGAGAAACCUGUUUCAGAUGCAUACACACAAUCCCUCGAAAAAUUGAAAAUGACCAUCCAUGAAUUGUCCACAUUGGAUCAGAAUUACAAGAAAGAACAGAUUGAAUCACGCAUUCCACAGUUACAAACCGCGAUAAAACAAUUCGAUGAUCUUUACAACCAUGAAUCAGAAAAAUUAAACUGGAUCAAAUCCUCAAUCAUAGAGUCAAGAGAAAGCUUACAAAAGGGAAUAGAAGACGUAGACAAAGAGACCUUACUUGUGGAGAAGUUUAUUGCUGAGAACGGCACAACUCUGGACUCCAAUACCGUAUACACCACUGAGGUUCCCGCGUUGGACCAAUUAUAUACCCUAGUGGCAAGGGAUAGGGCCCUCACGGAUACGAUACAGGUCUUGGCGCGUCUACUAAACUGCGGUGCACUGGAAUUUGAUGCAUUUAUCAAGAAAGUCAGAGAGUUGGCCAGGGACCAAUUCAUGGCCAGACUCCACAUCCGUAAGAUCAUAGCAUUGCUCCAGGAGUGA